UCUGUGUCUCCAGGGUCUUGCAAUGAAUCGGAGAGCGAUGACUCUGUACCUGACCUGGAGGAGCCUGAGGUUUCGUCGCCGCUUGCUGGACAAGAACAGUCGCAGUUGGCUCAGGCAGUGGGGAUUGGCGAUGAGCCUGUGAGCAAAGCCAAGCAGAGCCGCAGUGAGAAGAAGGCGCGCAAGGCCAUGUCUAAGCUGGGGCUACGCCAGGUCCAUGGUGUGACACGGAUAACAAUCAGAAAGUCCAAGAACAUCCUGUUUGUGAUAACCAAACCCGACGUCUUCAAGAGCCCGGUGUCCGACAUCUACAUCGUCUUCGGAGAAGCUAAGAUUGAAGAUCUAUCCCAGCAGGCCCACAAGGCCGCGGCAGAGAAGUUCAAAGUCCCGAUUGAACAUGCCACCUUGAUCCCGGAAACAACUCCCACCCUCAGCAUUAAGGAGGAGAGUGAGGAAGAGGAGAUGGACGAAACGGGACUGGAGGCGAGAGACAUCGAGCUGGUGAUGGCCCAGGCUAACGUGUCCCGAGGCAAAGCUGUACGAGCCCUGAGACACAACAAGAAUGACAUCGUCAACGCUAUCAUGGAAUUAACAAUGUAAACUGCAAAAUGGAGAUCUAUUUCUAUAUAUAUUCGCUGGAUAUUAUCGACAUUAUAAACUAUAACCAAACUGUAAAUCAUACAAGUUUGCAUCUGUUAUACUGCUAAUAAACUUAGUAAAUGGAAAUCAA